AUGGCGGAGGUCAGGCUGCGUCUUGUAAGGGGUACGUACAACUUUGCACACAAAACAUGUAACCGACACCUCCUGGAAAGCCAAAAUAAACACGGUAAAGGUGCAAUACAAACCCCGUCUCUAUCGGCGGGGUUUCUGCUCGGUGGUACUCAGUAUGGAGACCUGUACGGAGCCGAAAAGGCAGCGGACACCGUGACCGUUGGAGUUUCGCAGGACGGUUACACAAGGGUAACACCGCUGUUUGGUGCUGUUUGGGAAAACCGACAUGUCGCUGAUUAUAACUGUAAUUCUGGACUCAACAGAGAGUACCCACUUUCUCACACGUCUGAGGUUAGAAAUCGAGAAAGUAAUUUAUUUCGGUGCCAGGUUAACGCAAAUUUUCGGAGGACUUUCCGGUCCGCUCGUCGACAGCAGAGCCUCGGUUUGUGUUGGCGUCAGUUUGUCAGAGCGUACAGCGGCAACGGAGCCCAGUCUGAGCCGCUGUACAAAACCAAAACGGGCUACUAUGACAUCCUGGAGGUGUCACCAGCUGCAACUCAAGCCCAGAUAAAAACCGCCUACUACAAGCAGUCCUUCGUCUACCACCCGGACAGAAACGCCGGCAGCGAGGACGCCACUGUCCGCUUCUCGGAGAUCAGCGAGGCCUACUCCGUGCUGGGCAACAAGGCCCUGCGGAAGAAGUACGACCGAGGUCUGCUGAGCCAGUCGGACCUCAUCGCUACGGCCAGACCCUCCGCCAAGAGCACGGGGAGCUCUGCGAGACCGCACGCCGAGAGCAAGCGGUCUGUGAUGGGCACAGACAGCCGCGGAGGCGUCUUUGAUUUCGACAAGUUUUUCAAGGCUCACUACAGCGAGCAGCUGCAGAGGCAAAGAGACAUCGCAGCCCGCAAAGAGGAGAUGCUGAGGAAGAAGCAGGAGAGGAUUGAGGAGAAGAAGAUGGACUUUGUGGUGGAGGCUGGAGCUGUGCUGAUGCUGGCGAUGGCCGUGUGGCUGCUGAUGAGCUUAAAGCGGGGAUGAAGCUCACUCACGUGGAGGAUGUUGUUGUCCUUGUUAUGAAUUCUGGACACACUUAAAUCAACAACGCUGUUCACGUGACUGCUAUUAAACUCCGUUUGUUUGACUCUAUCUUGUGAAGAUAGACAUGGUUCAUUAUUAUUUGUGCGAACAGAUCGACAAAUCAUGUGUUAUUAUGUAUUCUGUAAAUAUAAAACACCCUCCACAAAAAGACUUGUAAACUCAAAAUACUAUUUUUCAAAUAUAAGAUGGAUCUGCAAAUACCUAGACAAAUUACACAAUGAACAGGCUUCGUAGAAGGUGCUUGAAAUACUCAAACUUGUCCUGUCAAAAUCCCCAAAAAACAGACACCUUGUAACUUGGUCCUUGAAAAAGUUCUUGAAUGUAAUUGAGAGACAAACAGAGUGAUGAAGUGUUUUAUGAAACAUAUUUGAUAAAUGUAUUAAACUUCUUUGUCGUCUGCCAGUCACACGCCUUAAUAAUUCAGCCAGUUAUUAAUAAUAAGUCAUUUCUAGUUUCUGGUAGCAUGUUUGAUCCAUUUACGGAUUUGCUCAAUUCUCCUGAAACAGAUGGUUGUGAAGAAAACAGUUUCUUCAUGAAAAUAAUGAACAUAAAAAUAUGUGCUGGUAAAAGGACUUGAAAGUCCUUGAUUUUAAAAUAAAUAAAUGCAACGCAUUCGCAGAUAUCUUCCAAAGGUUACACCUUUGGAAGAUAUUUGUGAAUCCAGUUUUUGUGUAUCUCAAUAUCUAUGCUUGUUGAUUUGCAUUUUACACAGUCUUUGUGUGUGUGUGUGUGUGUGUGUGUGUGUGUGUGUGUGUGUGUGUGUCUAUUUGCAGAUCUCUUUGAUAUUGUGAAACAUAUUUGAUUUUACAAAUUAAUUUCCAAAAAAAAUAAUUUAAUAUAUUCACAGAUAUUUACUUUUUAAGUGACAUUUGUUUGGCUAUUUGCAGAUCCAUUUUAUAUUAAAAUAAAACACAAAGUAGCAAAGUAACAAAAUAGUUUUUCAAGUUUAUAAAUCUUUUUUUGUCUUUAUGGAAGGUGUUUUGUAUUUACAGAUUGCACAAAAUUGUCAAACUGCUCACACAAAUAGCAAUGAGUCAAAUUUAUCUCCAUACUGACCUCUGACCUCUAUGUCAUAAGGUACUGUACAAUAUGGAUGAGUUAACAUCAUCCUUUAGGCCAAUGUGACACAGUGCAAUUGUGCAAUUAAACUAGGAUAACACUGUCUUCUGAAAAGCUGAAAAAACAAAGACGUGUCUCUGUUGUACACAGGGUGUUUGCAGGUCCUUAAAAAGUCUUAAAUUUGAUUUUAUAAAUAUUAGGCCCUAAAAGUCAUUUAAUAGUCUCAAGUUUGAUUUUUUGAGGUCUUAUUUGUCACCAAGACUCGACUCAACAAGGGUCAAGCUCUCCUGUGUGAAAGUCAGCAAAACGUGGAUUAACCUUACCCACCCUAACUACAUAUUCAUUUGUUAAACCCACCUCUGCACAGGACCACGUAUAUACAACUAGCCUUCAUACUGGUCUGAAACGCUUAGUCAAAAAGUCAGAAAAUUUGGAUAAAAAUUAGAUUGAAAAGGCCUUAAAAUCUAAAAUGUAAGUGUUUGAUACCUGUAGACACCCUGGGAUAUCAGUUCCCCAGUCUGCAUGUCUGUGCAUCUCACAACAGUACUGAAUUCUUACUGUGUCCGUGAACGCAGCGUCACUGGUUUUUGUCUGUUGUCGUCUUUGUUGCUUUGUCAGUCACACACAGGGACUGCAAGAACUGAUGUUUUCUGUGCUUGUGCACGUAAGGUUACCUAUCAUCUCUUUUUUUUCUUGAAACUUAAAUUUGAGGCAUUUUUUGUCCAAAGUACACACUAAGCAAAAUAAGACAGACUUCUGAAGUGUUAAAUGUCGUCCACACUCAAGCAGCCAUACAAGAUCAAAAUAUAAUGAUAAAAUAGUUCUUCUAAAUCCGUAAUUAUCUAAUUAAAGAUUAUUAGAUAAUUAAAUUAAAGUCACAAGAUUAUGAGUAAAACCAGGCAUUGACAACUUUUCAAAAAUACUGAUACAGAAACUUUUGAGCCUGUUCCCAAAAAGUAUCAGCAUCCAGCUCUGCCCACAUGUUAAUCUCCCACUGUGCCAUGAUGGCUGUCUUUUGAGGUUUACUGUGCAUGAUUUCCCAAUGAAACACUCCGUGUGUGACUGUUUUUUUUUUUCAGCAGAGAUUCUGCCCUCUGCCUGUAUUUUCUUCUUAUUUUGCCGUGUUCGGUACAUUCGUGAAGCUCCACAGCGCUCAGGUGAGGUUGGUGUAGCAACCAGGUGCCAGACUGUAAUCAGUAACUAUAAUGAGGUGAAACACCAAAUGAGAGAGAAUCUGGGGUUGGCUUUUACUUUACUUUUGUUGGCGAGUUACUAUUUGCAAGCAUGUUUGCAAACACAAAUGAUAACAAAAGUUUUAAACGUAAUCCGCAAUUCAAUGGUUGAUUUACAACCUGGUAAAAGUACAGUUUAACUUUGGCUUUUAUAAAGUCAUCUGUCCUGCAGAUUUCUUUAUUGUUAAAGGUAAAGCAAUGAUGCUUUAUGAUGGUGAUGUAAGGAAGUAAGGGAUGUGCGAAUCAGUUGUAUUUUGAAAGCCCAUUAAAUAGGGGCAUUAUAGGAACUGAAGGUUUAUGCUCAUUUAAAAUGUGCCUUGGAUGAUAUUUAUUGUAAAACAUGUUAUAUUUUAACAAAUAAAGGACCUUUGAGCAGUGCCUGUCAGAGGACAUUGAGA